GAAGAAGAAGCUUUUGACGGCGACUGGACGUGCAGAAGUGGUCAAGAGAACCGCGGCAUAUCAAUAUAAUCUGUAAAACAGAUCUAAUGAAACUGGAAGAAUCAUCAGCAUCAGGAUCUUCAUAUGAUUCCAUAAUGGCGGAUAAAUCUGGUUGUUUGCAGAUCAAAAACACUUUUCUAAAAAGAAAGCAAAGAACAGAAGCCAGCAAAAAUUUUACUUGUCUUCAUUGUGGAAAGGGGUUUAAAAGGAAAUCUUGCCUUGGGAAGCACAUGAUAACCCACACUAAAGAAAAGAUUUUCACCUGCCCUCAGUGCGAGAGAAGUUUCAAAAGCAGAGAAUCACUUAGAGGUCACAUACGAAUUCACACUGGAGAACGUCCAUACACAUGUCUUCAGUGUGGAAAGAGUUUUAGACAGAAAUUUUGUUUUAGAAGCCACAUGAGAAUUCACACUGGAGAGCGCUCACAACCAUGUUCUCAGUGUGGAAAGACUUUUAGACAAAAACGAAAUCUUAAACUCCACAUGAGAAUUCACACCGGAGAGCGUCCAUUCCCAUGUCUUCAGUGUGGAAAGAGUUUUAUGCAUAAACAUAGUCUUAAAAACCACAUGAGAAUUCACACUGGAGAGCGCUCGCAACCAUGUUCUCAGUGUGGAAAGAGUUUCUCAGAUCCAAGUAAUCUAAAACUCCACAUGAGAAUUCACACCGGAGAGACUCCAUACCCAUGUCUUCAUUGUGGAAAGAGUUUCAGAUACAAAUAUAGCCUUGAAAAACACAUGACAAUUCACACUGGAAAACGACCGUUCCCAUGUCUUCAGUGUGGAAAGAGUUUCAAUAGGAAAGCUAAUCUAAAACUCCACAUGAGAAUUCACACCGGAGAGCGUCCAUACACAUGUCUUCAUUGUGGAAAGAGUUUCAGAUACAAAUAUAGCCUUGAAAAACACAUGACGAUUCACACUGGAAAACGACCAUUCCCAUGUCUUCAGUGUGGAAAGAUUUUCCCCCAAAAAAUUAAUCUGACGAUUCACAUGAGAAUUCACACCUGAGAACAUUUAUACCCAAGUCUUCAGUGUUUAAAUUUGCUGAUUUGGCUAAAAAAUUGCAAAAAGCUCUUUCACAGACAUUUUAAAAUGCUUUAAGACUGCCAACAUGUUUGCUGCUUUAUAAAGCGUACGUUUCUCUCACUCUAUGCUGGUUGUUAUUUGUAUAUACACUCACCUAAAGAAUUAUUAGGAAGACCAUACUAAUACUGUGUUGGACCCCCUUUCUGCCUUAAUACUACGUGGCAUUGAUUCAACAGGGUGCUGAAAGCAUUCUUAAGAUAUGUUGGCCCAUAUUGAUAGGAUAGCAUCUUGCAGUUGAUGGAGAUAUGUGGGAUAAACAUCCAGGGCACAAAGCUCCUGUUCCACCACAUCCCAAAGAUGCUCUUUUGGGUUAAGAUCUGGUGACUGUGGGGGCCAUUUUAGUACAGUGAACUCAUUGUCAUGUUCAAGAAACCAAUUUGAACUGAUUCGAGCUUUGUGACAUUGUGCAUUAUCCAGUUGGAUACUCCAUAUAACUCAAUGUACAAACCAGUAAUAAGCUUUAUUUUUGCAAAUGCCUACUAAAGGAAGGACUAUACAGAUAAAAAUUAGCUAGUAGCUAAAUCUGGUGCAGAUCAUCUUUUCUCUAUCUGAGAUUAAUGUUUGUUCGUGAAUUGUUCUUGAUUAAUAAAGAAAUAAAAUAAAGGGUUAAUGGUUCCA